AUGGCAGAUCAAAAGACAUCGGUUGUCAUCAAAUAUUCCAAACCAGGAACUGCCCCACCAAUCUAUCUCGCUGGCUCUUUUCCCGAUUCACCAUGGCAGCCCCAGGAAAUGGAAUAUACAAAUGAUUCGGUGGACCGCUACAUAUUUUCGAAGGAAGUCGAGGUGGAAGAGGGCAAAGAAUAUCAAUACAAGUUCAGGCUUGGUGAUGGAGAGUGGUGGAUGUCAGAUGAAGAUGCACCAACUGUUACCGAUGAAGUUGGGAACCAAAAUAAUCUUCUCACAGUUCCGAUUAAAUCCUCUUCACAAUCUAAGUCCACUUUGCGCACCGAGUCUCCAUCCAACCAACAAUCACUUGAAGAGAGUUCAACUCCCCGCACAAUACCCGAUCUUGACACCAAGGAGACAACAAUGGAAACGCCAAUUGAGCCAACUCAGCACGCUGGAGAUGAGGUUCUAAGAAGCUCACAUCCAGAGGCAUCCGCAUUAGUAACAGACUCCACCUCGAACCAUAGUGCCGAAGCCAUACCAGAGAAAACUCAAGAGACACAUGACACUUCGCCAUCUGUGGCCGAAGCUGACCAUGCAAUUGAGUCGGGAAAGGAAACUCCAGCGGAACAAUUCGAACUAUCUAGCAUUCCAGUCGAAGAGCUCGAAGUUUCCAGUACUGGAGUUGAAGAACCAGAUCAUUUGGAAUCACAUGCUCACUUAGAAGCUGCCGAGAAAUUGAAGUCAACAACGACAGAGAUCCUCGAUUUGAAACCAAAUUCAUCCACUGAAGAAGUUAGUGAGAUACCCAAAGAAUCUCUCGAUAAUGAGACCGAUACAGUAGAGCCUGAGGAGGCCACGAAUCAAGAUCCUGACGAGGUACUCCAAACCAAAAUUAGCAUGAAUGAGGAUGAAGCUGUUAAACAACAAGACGACGUUUCAAUUGCAUCUGAAAAGUCAGAGUUGGACAAAGAACCACUAAUUAGUGAGCGCGAGGGAAUUGAAGAGACUGAUACGCACAAAGAUGACUCAAUUGAACACCGAGAAGAGGACGUUCCUACUCCCGUCGAAUCGAAGCAACAACUUUCCGCUAGUGAGACUAAGGCAAAAGAAGAGACUGAUACCAGUGAAGAUGAAGUUUCCAAACACCAGGAAGAGCCCGCUCAUAUUGCCACUGAAGAGUCAAAAUCGAAGCUCGCCAGUGAGAGUGAGACAAAAGAAGAGGCCGCCAUUACUCACACCAAAGAGCCAUCAUCGAUACAAGAAACACUUCAUAGCGAGGAUAGGGCUGAGACAAAAGAAGAGCCUGUCCCUAGUCACAUCGAAGACCCAAGAUCAGUUCAAGAGCCGCUUGUGAGCGAGGGCAAGGCAAAAGAAGAGACUGACUUAGCGGAUAGUCGUGCCAUUUCGGAGGAAAAGCUAGUUGAGGAGCUUGAGACAAGCAAGUCACAAAAUUCUGGAAUUCCCACCUCGAAUCCAAUACUCGCAUAUGAAAGCACUGAAAAUGUGGCCGAAGAGCCCGAAAAGGAAGAAAUAAAAAGCUCUGAGGUUACCACUUCGAAUCCUGUAUCUACCGAGGAAAGUAUUGGCAAUGCAGCGGAGGAUACUAACUCUGCGGAGCAAACGGUUGUGACGGAGACCGGCACCACACCUGGACAAGAACAAGCAGUCCUUGAACCGAUUCAAGUUGAGGAGCCAGUCAAACCCUCUACCAACGAAACUGUACUCCACGAGGACAAAAGAUCCAAGGCAAUUGAUGUUGAAGAAAUCCCCACAAUCGAAACGCCAGCCGAUGACACGGAUAAAGUGCCAGAACCAAAUAAUGUAGUCAACCCUACUCGCCAAGAAAGCACUGCUCAGGAUGUUGUUGAACACGAUGAAGUCAAUAAACCUGUUGAGAGCACGACAAAUAUCACUAAGGGCGAUGACAAACCAAGCACUCCAACCGAAGUUGUCUCGGCGCCACUUGUUACGAUUGAAAAGGUUGAUUCCGAACCCCGCCAUGGUGACGAUUUCGGAAGUGACGCAACAUUUGCACAAAAGGACGCACGUACUUUACAUGCCCAGGAUGCUGUACCUGAUCAGAUCACCAUCAGACAGCAAACAGCCACACCAGAACUUGCUAAUGUUGCUGCUGAGGUCGCGGACUCUGCAGCAUUGCUUGAUGAAGCACCACCAACUCCUCCCAUGUCGGAUAGAGAAGCUGGUAAGAUUGGUUACAGACGACUCUCGCAGACACCGAUUCCUGAAGUCGCAGAAACUGCUGCGGAGGUGGCCGACACCGCAGCCCAGAUUGAUAAAAAUUUCAAGCAGCCAGCUGUAAUUGAACUGCCAACCCCCCACCGGGAUAUUCUCUCACGGGGUUUUGAUUUGGAUCGUGAUUUGGAUGUCGAGACACCAUUUGAGGAGCGGGCACCACUUUUUGCACAUGAAUGUAGUCGUCCUCCGACUGCUGAAGAGCGACGAGAAUAUGAGAGUGCUCAGAGUCGAUCGGCAGUUGCGCAGCCAAUGUUUCGAGAGUUUGAUCCAAAUGAUCCUAGCCUCGAACCCUUUCCCAGCAAUUUCAAUCAAAUACUGGAACAUGUCAGAAGACUCGAGAAUCAAUUAAGCGAGGAUCAGACAGAUGUUGAAAGAAAUUCGCCAUCGCCCGUUAUCACGAAUGGCAAUCAUCAUGCAGAAAGCACCGAUCUACCAACGCCUUCACCUCAAUCACUUGCGCAUGAAACCUCUCCAUCAUUGCUUCCAAUCGUGGAAGAGAAUGCUGAGGGUGAGCCAGACUCCAAAUUGACCGCUCUGACCCCCAGUAUUGAGAAGUCACAAAGCGAUGGGAACAUUUCAGAUAGCCCGAAGAAGGGCUCGGGUGAUCAAAAGACUGAAAUAAACAACGCCGAAAAUUCUGAGAGAACUUCUCGAGACUCGUCUCAAAUUCCGACCAUGAAAUUCGCCCAAGCUUCAAGCAAGCUCCACCCAGUCCUACCAGCUUUGCCCCCAACUCCUUUUGUCGAAAACAAAUCACUCACUCUCACUGGAAGCGCUCAAAACAGUCCUCCAGAACCAGGAAAGAAUAGCCCAGCUAUUACAGUUCAGCCGGCAACUCCAGCUGCGAGUGUGAAUGCGAAAGUCAAUGAUUCCAUUUCCAAGGAGAAUGCCGCUAAAACAACAUCAUUUGCGGAGGAGAUUGAUGAUGCGCAAUUAAGAGCUCGUAAACAACCUACAUCCAAUGUACCCGAGAGAUCCAUCACACCAUCUUCUAUGCGUUCGGCGGGCAAUGACGCCAAAUCCCGCAACUUCCUUAGAGCAUUCUUCCAAGUUGUGUUUGUGGAUUGGAUUGGAGGACUGAUUAGGAAAUUAUGUGGUGGCGGACGUCACACGCUUUUAGCCGUGCCUGCACUCCUCAUCGUCGUUGCUGCACCCAUACUUUACUUAUCUGGCUUGGCCAAUUUUGUUUUUGGUCUCACCUGA